CCAGCUUAGUGGUUUGGAAGACGCUUGGGGCACCUAAACACCUCUGGAAACUGGUAAAAUACAGCAUAGCGUGAACUAACGCACCCCAAGAUCACGGGAUUACUGUAUAUUGCGGGGUAGCUUCCAUUCGUCGCUGCCUUUUAUUUGAAAGGUCGAAGCGAAGUUGCUUCGGAUGAAAAAAAAGAUAAAAUAUUCUCUUUUUAUUUUUAUGCACACAGUAUCUUAGGAAGGUGGUCAGCUAAGCUCAUUCAAUUUUUUACAACACUAACCAUAUUAUACUAGCAAACACUGUUCACACUCACAAUGGCUUCCACAAAGAUCCGGCUUGCUACGGCAUCUCCAGGGACCCAAGCGACAACUAAGGAAACAAUUGCCCAGCUUCGCCAGAUUGCUAUCAAUGCAGCUGCCAAUCGUGCUGAUAUCCUACUACUUCCAGAAGCUUACCUAGGUGGAUACCCUCGUGGCUCUGAUUUCGGAUGUAAAAUUGGCUCUCGGACCACUGAGGGCCGUGAUGAAUUUCUGCGUUACUUUAAGGCCGCCGUUGACUUAGGAGAUACCGUUGGCGAUGGAGCCGGCGCUGGCGAAGCUUGGGUCAAACGGCAGUUAGGCGCUGACGCAAUCGUAACUAGCGAUGGACAAGCAUUACUAAGCAGGGGUGACGGGACUAGGGAGGAAGUCGAACGCAUUGCGAGGGAGACAGGAGUCUUCAUCGUUGUUGGGCUUGUGGAAAAGGCUGGUGGUAGCCUGUACUGCGCCGUUAUUUACGUAUGCCCCAAGCAGGGGGUUAUUGGGAAGAGACGAAAAGUGCAGCCGACAGGAUCGGAACGGCUUAUCUGGGCACAAGGAUCUCCCGCGACCCUUAAGGCAGUGAGCACUACCAUUCGUGGCGUUCGCAUCAAUUUGGCUGCUGCUAUUUGUUGGGAGAACUAUAUGCCCUUGUUGCGACAGAGCCUCUAUGCGCAAAAUGUGAAUCUGUAUCUCGCUCCCACGGCAGAUGGUCGCGAUGCUUGGCUUUCGCUGAUGCGGACCGUCGCACUCGAAGGUCGCUGCUUCGUUGUGAGCUCGAAUAUGUGUGUACCCGAGGACUCCAGGGCUAGCCACGGCACUGCACACAACACCGAACGUGGUAUAAUUAUGAACGGCGCCCAAGAGCCGACUGGGAGACGAAACUCGUCCUUGACCGAGGAUGGCUUUGCCAAAAUAGCUCAUAGAGGCAGGAGGCGAUCUGUGUUCGACGAAGACGGGAAUGAAAUUGCGCUUCCUGACGGACAACCAUUGGUAGCAUCCGCCGUCGUUGAAGAGGAAGAAAAUGAGGACAAGAACAAGGGAAGUAGUCAAGUGUCAGCGAAAACGCCAUCGGAUGCAAGAUCUUUCAUUUCGCGUGGUGGCUCUAGCAUUGUCUCUCCGUUUGGCGAUGUUGUGGCUGGGCCGCAGUGGGAAGAUGACGAGGGCGUCAUAUAUGCGGAUGUUGAUUUUGAUGACUGUAUCCGUGGAAGGCUGGAUUUGGACGCCGCGGGGAGCUAUUCAAGAAACGACUCUUUCAGAUUUUCGGUUGCGGGCUUGGAUCUUGAUCCUCUACCCUACUAUUGAUUGCCUUUUCCGAGAACCCUAGGUUCCCUUGAUUAUCAUGUUUAUAUGUGCUAUAUUUGGAUAUACUUGUCGAUUUCGAUUUUGGAUAUAACAUCCUUAUGUAUUUGUCUGCUUAAACGUACUCAUUUUCAUAAAUCAAACUUACACGUUUUAGCACGUAUUGUGGUGCGAAUGAUCUAUCAGCAGGGCACCCAACUACAGUCAAGUCACUCAGGACACACUUUAGAACUAGCGACACGAAAUGGCUUAAUCACAAUCUUGCUGUAAAUUCAGCCCUGGGGUACAGUAAACGGGUAUCUAAUUUGCCAUCAAUCCCAGCCGGG